GGUGGUGUGAGUCACACUGUGUGAGUGUCCGGCACCCUACCACGACCAUGUCUGCCGCCGACCAGCAGGCUCAGCUGCUCUUCCCCCCGAACGUGCAGUACAACGCCUCUCGCGUCUACUCCAUCAAGUUCCUCUCGUCGUGCUUCGCCGGCGCCGUCGCAGGCGUCCUCGGCCUCGAGAACACCCUCGGCUUCGCGCUCUUCAUCCUCGCAACGCUGCUGACCUCCGCGUGUUUGUACGUCAAGUGCAAGGGACGACCGGCGAAGUACAUUCCCGGAGGCUGGUGGGAGCUAGUAAACCCCGGUCAGGAGAACAUCUCUUCAUUCAUCCUGGUGUGGACGCUAUUCUACGGCGUUGUGCACGUCUACGAUUAAUCCCGCUGCACCCUGUUCCCAGCGGAGUCGCCUGUUGCAGUCGUACGUUUUCUUACUCGUGUCUUCUCCGGUCCGGCCACGCUCAGGUGCCCACCGUUGGUUUUUGCAA